AUGGAAAACUUGGAGAAGCGUGCUGCGAGCAGCGAUAAUCCCGAUCAAACGAGCGGCGAAAUGCUUGAGCUUCGUGGAAGUUAUACUGCAGAUGAAGAGAAGGCUGUCCUACGCAAAAUUGACCGGGUCAUUUUGCCCUUUAUGUGCUUCGUCUUUUUCCUGCAAUACCUUGACAAGCAGAGUCUCAGCUAUGCUGGUGUCUUCGGGCUCAUUGAAGACCUCAACAUGACCAGUUCGCAGUAUUCAUGGUCGAGCUCAAUCUUCUAUGUUGGCCAACUGGUCGCCGAGUAUCCAUUCAUCUAUCUUAUGAGCCGGCUCCCAUUGACCAAAUUCGUCGGCGCAACAGUAAUUGUUUGGGGGAUUGUAUGCAUGUGCCUCGCAGCACCGAACAAUUUCGCCGGAUUCGCCACGGUGCGCUUCCUUCUCGGUUUCAGCGAAGGCGCCGUCUCACCUGCCUUUGUCACAAUCACCAGUAUCUGGUACCGAAAGAAAGAGCACAAUGUCCGCACGGCAUUAUGGAUCUCUAUGAAUGGUCUGGCGCAGGUUCUCGGCUGCUUUCUAAUGUAUGGCAUUGGCAAAAACACCUCACUUCCAAUCGCCCCCUGGCGCGUGCUAUUUAUCAUCUGCGGUGCGAUAACUUCUGCUGCAGGCGUGGCAUUCUUUCUUCUUAUGCCAAACGGGCCCAAAGAUGCAUGGUUCUUGAAUACUCGCGAGAGAGAAGUCCUGUCGCUACGCAUGGCACAAGACCGGGAUGGUGGUGACAAGGUCUCUUUUUCUGUUGCUCAGCUCAAAGAGACACUCAUGGAUCCCAAGGCAUGGGUUGUCUUUUGGUUUGGUGUUUUGGUAUGCAUGCAGUCGCCGGUUUUGACUUUUGCAUCUCUUGUGAUCAAAUCAAUUGGUUAUACCAACCUUGAGACUAUGCUAUAUACCGCUCCAUCGGGAGCUGUACAGGUUACUUUCCUAUGGAUUGGGGCCGGUCUAGUGUUUAUCUUCCCUAAUCAGCGAACGCUGGUCGUUCUUGUUCUUAUUAUUCCGCCUCUGAUUGGGACGGUCUUCUUGAUGAAGUUGGACGUGACCGCUAAGUGGGGUCUUAUUGUUGCCUCGUGGUUGUCUUCAUGCAUUACCGCCUCCAUGACACCGCUUCUCUCACUUGCGGCAUCGAAUUUCAAGGGAAACACAAAACGCGCUGUUGUCAAUGGCAUGUUUUUCAUCGGUUACUGUGCCGCCUGCAUUGCCUCGCCUCAACUAUGGACUCACAGCCCUCGUUAUACGGAGGGUGUGAUAACAUCCAUUGUGACUUGGUGUCUGCUUUUUGUGGUGGUAAUUUUAUUCCGAUACUUGUGUAUAUGGGACAAUAAGCAGCGCGAUGAACAGGCUGCCAGUUUGGGUGUUGUUGGUGUAGAUCAAGAGGUCAAAUUGGACGAAAAUGGGUUGCCGCAGACAGAUCUCACGGAUAAAGAGGACAGACAAUUCCGAUAUGUGUGGUAG